AUGCAGCAGCCUCUCCCCCCCCCGGAUGAUGAUGAUGAUGCGCUUCGUGGGGCUGCAUCUCCGCUGCCCACCACUCUGUUUGCAGCCGUUACCUGGUUUUCUCCUGGGGCUGCAAAGGUUUUCUUCCUCCUCCUCCUGGGGAAUCUUUUCCCUCCUGCUUCUGUCCCCUGGUCACCCGUUUCCUCCUCUUCCCUUCUUCCCUUCGUCCGCAGAGCCCUCUUUGACUACGACAAGACUAAAGACAGUGGCCUCCCCAGCCAGGGGCUGAACUUCCACUUCGGCAACAUCCUCCACGUCAUCAAUGCCUCGGACGAUGAAUGGUGGCAGGCACGGCUGGUGAUGCCGGGCGGGGAGAGUGACCAGGUUGGCGUCAUCCCCAGCAAACGCAGGGUGGAGAAGAAGGAACGAGCUCGGUUAAAGACGGUGAAGUUUAAUUCUAAAGCGAGAGGUGACAAAGGGUCAUUCAAUGACAAGCGUAAAAAGAACCUCAUCUUUUCACGAAAGUUCCCAUUCUACAAGAGCAAGGAGAUCUGUGAGCAGGACUCCAGUGACCCGGAACGUAAGUAAAAUGUUUGAGAGACAACGUCACAGCGAAAUACCUGGGUGAACAUGCACGGCAUCUCAUACACCUAGGCAAGCCUUAAGUCAGGUUCAGGACAGGUGAGGCCUUACUACUAUGAUCAAUGUAUAUAAACGGUCUGGAUUCCUUCCGGGGUUUGCGGAAGGAGAGGGAAGCAAAAGUAUCUGUCACUCCUGCUUGAAAUGGUCCAAACAUCGGUUGGCCUCCGUUCCUUCACUUGGUCCAUCUCAAAUUUGGGUUAAGGAGAAAGCCACGUCUUUCUAAAAAAAAACCGUUUUGGGGACUGGCAUUUCGUAACUGUCUCCAUCCUAGCUAGUGAUGUAGGUAGUCCUCGACUUACCACUGUCUAUUUAGCGGCCAUUCAAAGAUGCAACGGCACUGAAAUAGGUCCUUGGUAUUUGUUCUGACCGAGGCUUCCCAAAAGCACGAAGCCGACUCCUCGUCCCGAUAAAACCAAUUUUAUUUAAAGUGAAUUCCCCUCCAGCAAAUUCCUGGCCAACCGUCUUUCAUGAGAGUUCACAACUACAGACCU